UAUCAGCGACGAUUGUCGCAGAGCUUCCCCGGGCAGCUGCUGGUAGCUCUGAACAUUCGGCCCAGCCCACUCCGGGCGCCACCGCCCCGGAAGUGACGUGUUGCCCCGCUGGCUAUGCGGAAGCGGAGAUGGCGGAGCUGUACGUGAAGCCGGGCAACAAGGAGCGCGGCUGGAACGACCCGCCGCAGUUCUCUUACGGGCUGCAGACGCAGGCUGGCGGAUCCAAGCGUACGCCGCUCACCAAGCGGGUCGCGGCCCCGCAGGAUGGAUCCCCCAGAGCACCUUCAGAAACCUCUCCUGGGCUCUCCCCAGUGGGACCUCCACUUCUUUCAAGUAUGGCUUCCAGGCCCCCACCUAUGGGGAGUUGUCCUGCUUCCAAUGUGAAGCCCACAAAUUUCCCAGUCAUUGAGUCUGAGACUCUGCUGGAAGAUGUGCUGACACCUUUGGAACAGGCCUUGGAGGACUGCCAUGGUCACACAAAGAAGCAGGUCUGUGAUGACAUCAGCCGACGCCUGGCUCUGCUGCAGGAACAGUGGGCUGCAGGGAAACUAUCAGUGCCUGUAAAGAGGCGGAUGGCUCUACUGGUGCAAGAGCUUUCAAGGCACCAUUGGGAUGCAGCAGAUGACAUCCACCGCUCACUCAUGGUUGAUCAUGUGACUGAGGUCAGUCAGUGGAUGGUAGGAGUUAAAAGAUUAAUUGCGGAAAAGAGAACUCUUUCUUCAGAAGAAGAGACCAAUGAAGAAGAGGCCAUGGCUGAGGAAAACCAGACUGUACCAGUUAUCUAACAAGUGCCAUAAUUCUGUGACUUCCUCAGACUCCUAUCAUAACAUCUAUGCUUUGUAUGAAAGGCCUUCUCACUUGGCUCCUCUUAUUACAAGACUGUCUGCCCCAUUGGGGUCCUUGGCCUGAUGCACUCUGGGAAACAGGUCUCAACCAGCCCAUAAGGAGGCCACUGUUUACCCACAGCAUAUACAUUUCUGCAUUUCAAUUAAAACACCUCAUUAGUGGGCCAGAGUUAA